CCCUCCUCUCUCUCUCUCCUCACACCCUUUAAAACCCUCCCAUCUUUCAUAAUUUUAUAUCCCAUUCAUCUUCUUCCCCUCUUCUUAUUCACAUUCUUAGGCUAUAUAACACAUGCUCUCUUCCAAAGUUUAGUACUUUCCCUUUCAUAAAGAAAACCCUUAGCCAUUACAUUAGUCACACUUUUUAAUUUCAUUUUGAGCAUUUGUUUUCUUCCAUUUUGGGUAUUCAACUCUCCCCCACCUAAUGGCAGAUCAAACCCAUGAUUCAGGAUCCGUUUCUGUUGGAACUUCACAAGAAGGAAGGAAGCUUCCAAACUUUCUGCUAUCUGUGAGGCUAAAGUAUGUGAAGCUUGGGUAUCACUGCUUGAUCUCAAAUGCUAUGUACCUUAUGCUCAUACCCCUUAUCGGGCUAGCUUCUGCUCAUCUAUCAACGAUCUCUUACCAAGAUGUUGUUCAACUAUGGGAAAGUCUCAAGUUCAAUCUUGUGUGGGUGACUCUAUGUGUUAGUCUUAUAGUAUUCCUUGCCACCUUUUACUUUAUGAGCCGCCCAAGAGGUAUUUACUUGGUGGAUUUUGCAUGUUAUAAGCCUGAGCCAAACUGCACUUGCACAAGGGAGACUUUCAUGGACAGGUCCGUCAAUGCUGGUGCGUUUUCAGAGGAGAACUUGGCCUUUCAGAAGAGGAUAAUCGAGAGGUCUGGUUUGGGCCAGAAGACUUACUUGCCUUCUGCAAUCUUGAGUGUCCCUGCAAACCCUUGUAUGGCUGAAGCUAGAAAAGAAGCUGAGCAAGUCAUGUUUGGAGCCAUUGACCAGCUUCUCCAGAAAACUGGGGUCAAGGCUAAGGAUAUUGGGAUUUUGGUGGUCAAUUGCAGUUUGUUCAAUCCCACACCAUCUCUCUCUGCCAUGAUUGUCAACCACUACAAGUUGAGAGGGAAUAUCCUAAGUUAUAACCUAGGUGGCAUGGGUUGCAGUGCUGGCCUUAUCGCUGUAGACCUUGCCAAACAGCUCCUCCAGGUUCAUCCAAACUCUUAUGCCUUAGUGGUGAGCAUGGAGAACAUCACUCUCAACUGGUAUUUUGGCAACAACAGGUCAAUGUUAGUCUCAAAUUGUCUCUUUAGAAUGGGUGGAGCUGCGGUUCUCCUCUCCAACAGGCCUUCUGAUCGCAGAAGAGCCAAAUACCAACUGAUCCAUACAGUGCGUACUCAUAAGGGUGCAGAUGACAAAUGUUACGGUUGUGUGUUCCAAGAAGAAGAUGAGCAGAAAUCAAUUGGUGUGGCACUUUCAAAGGACUUAAUGGCUGUUGCUGGAGAAGCCCUCAAGACCAAUAUCACAACACUUGGCCCAUUAGUCCUUCCUAUGUCAGAGCAACUAUUGUUCUUUGCAACUUUGGUGGCUAGAAAAGUGUUGAAGAUGAAAAUAAAGCCAUACAUCCCAGACUUCAAGCUAGCUUUUGAGCACUUUUGCAUCCAUGCUGGAGGAAGAGCAGUGUUGGAUGAGUUGGAGAAAAACCUUGAACUCACUGAUUGGCACAUGGAACCUUCAAGGAUGACUCUGAACAGGUUUGGCAACACUUCUAGCAGUUCCUUGUGGUAUGAGUUGGCGUACACUGAAGCUAAAGGGAGGAUCAAGAAGGGUGACAGGACAUGGCAGAUUGCAUUCGGUUCAGGUUUCAAGUGUAACAGUGCUGUGUGGCGUGCACUGAGGACCAUUAAUCCUGCAAAGGAGAAAAAUCCUUGGAUGGAUGAGAUUCAUGAGUUUCCCGUUCAUGUGCCUAAGGUGGCAACCAUUAGUUCCUAAGUUAAUUAAAACCUCUUGCCUUUUUUGGGGAGGAGGCUAUCGAAAAGGAGGAAGUUAAUUUACUUGAGCUUUUCAGUUUUCACUUUUCAUAGUUAAUCUUAAUUAAUUAGGAGGUCUGCAAAAUUAGAAAAGAAGAUUACUCCCGGCAGAUUGCUGGUUUGGUACGUAGUUUCUUUGAUCUUCUGCUAGUGUUACUCUUGAAGUUGUAAGAGUGUAUACAAUAUUAUCCAAUGAAACAUUUAUUACACGAUUUUUCAUAACAUGUAUUACUUCAUUGACCUUUCAAAGGUUAACCAAAAUUGAAUUUUUUUAAGUUGAUUGUUGA